AUGCCGCAACAAUUUAAUCCAGGGUCCGGACAAGACUGGGGUGCCGUCAAUGUUGGCAAAGGGACGCUGGGAGCCAAAUCCUCCAAGCCCAAGACUGCUCGUGGAAUCGACAUGGCCAAAGCUGCUGGACUGGUCGCCACGGAGAAGAAAUACGGAGCCGGUGGCAACAAGUCGGCACACAGCCAUGGUGCCUUGAGCGCCAAGAAACUGGAGGAAGCCGAUGACGUUGGCAAAAUUGCUCGCGUGGACAAAUCCCUGAGCAAAGCCAUUAUGCAAGCUCGAACGGCCAAGAAAAUGACUCAAAAAGAAUUGGCCACUGCCAUUAACGAGAAACCUCAAGUUGUCGCAGAGUACGAAUCCGGCAAAGCCAUUCCCAAUCCACAGAUUAUCUCCAAGUUGGAACGCAAGCUAGGAUGCAAAUUGCCUCGACCCGGAAAGAGCAAGGCACCUCCCAAGGCAGGAGCCGGCGGAACCGCCGGUAAAUCUGCAGGGAAUGGCGUGAAUCGGGGUGGUCCACCCAAGCGGCGGUAA